GAUGGAUCCACGAUCCACUUGCUUCGCGUCAGCUCUCAAAAAGGCGUCGGCGGUUUCCAAGUAAAUGGUGGCCUCGUGCUUCAGAGGUCAAGUAUCACCGUCCAGCAUGCUGCCGCGGAGAUUUUUGGUGCUGCGCUUGUUGGUGGUGAAACCUUUGCCACAGACGGCUCCCUUCUGCGUGUGUUGCUGGCCUUUGCCUCUGCAGGAACAGCAGGCAUAUCUGCAGGGGGAAACCUGCAAAUCAACAACGGCUCAAUGGUUCAAAUCGAGGGAGCCCAUGGCAGCACUGCGGCACUGUACGCGAGGUCAGACCUCAUCGUGGAAGGGCACUCUGCAAUCCAAAUCUCCCACGUCUCUUCGUCCGGCAACUGGGCCCUUUCUGCCGGUAUGUUCACUCAACACCUGCGAAUCAUUGGCAGCUCAACAGUGUCUAUAUCGCAUGCGUCCAGCCGCGGUCGUGCAGCAGGAAUUCUUGCCGAUGACAUCUUGCUGGCCGAGGGUUCCCUGCUUUCCCUACAUAAUGUGUCUGCAGAAGAAGGAGGAGGAGGCUUCUACUCAAAAGGUUCUGUUGAGAUUACCAACUCAUCGGCCAUUAAAAUCUCCCAAGCGAGAUCUGGUGGGCACGGCGGGGGAUUCUCUGCCGGAAACCUCACAGUUGUCAACCUCUCUACAGUGGACGUGGCUGAUGCCACAUCAGAACAGCAAGGGGGGGGCUUCAGUGCCACGACGCUUGAUGCCUUUGAAGUCAGUUCUUGGAAGGUUUCAUUACUUUUGACCGUCAUGGCAUCCACAACUGCCUCCACCGUUUCUAUGGCCGCUUCCUUUGGUGGAGGCUUUUUUUGCAAGAAAGAUCUUACCAUUGCUGGAAGUUCGAAGAUCAUCAUUGCAGGGAGAGCUGGAGGUGGCUUCCUUGCAGAUGGGGAAGUGAUCAUCUCGCAAAGUUCUCGCCUGCAAAUCAGGAACUGCGCUGCAAAUCGGGACGCCGGCGGCUUCAAUGCUCAGCGCUUCGUCCAGGUGAUGGAGAACUCCACGGUGGAGAUGCAAGGAGUCACAGCUGGCCGGUAUGGAGGGGGCUUCGCUGCCUUUGGCGACAUUCAGGUCAAUGCAUCUAAACUGCUCAUUGCGAAUGCUACUGCAGUUGCAUGGGACGGCGGAGGUUUCAUUGCCGACAAGUCUAUGCAGGUGGUGGAGAACUCGGAGGUGGAGAUCUUGGGAGUCAUUGCAGGCUCCCAUGGAGGGGGCUUCGCUGCCUUUGGCGACAUUCAGGUGCAGGGAGCGAGCAUUCUUAUCAGCGAGGCUUCUGCUGGCAAGAACUGCGGUGGUUUUAUGGUGAACGGAUCUCUGCAGGUGACUACAUCCCAGCUUCACCUCAAGCAGGCCAAGGCUGCAAGAAGUGGAGGAGGGUUUUGCGUCGAGGAAGAUACCGAGCUCCACACCUCCAGGCUUGACGUCUCUGAAGCCCAAGCGAGCAGCGACGGUGGCGGCAUGAAUUUGCAUGGCAAGCUUCACCUCCACGGGUCGUUUGUGACAAUACAGAGCAGUGGGAACGUUCCUGAGCCUCGAGAAGAGAGUGACUGCAGCUGCUCCAGCUCCGAGAGCACGAGCCAAGCACCUGCAGCUGCUUUUCGCGGUGGUGGCCUCUAUGCCCAGGCUAUUGUGGCAGUGGACUCCGAGAUCUUCGUGUCGGGCCUUCCAGAGGCAGACCUCGCAGUGGAGGGUAGCGGGGCUUUUGUGAAAGGACCGGUCCAACUUGUCAAUUCAACUCUGCAAUUUCGUGAGCUGCUGGGAGCCACUGCGCUGACAUCGCACUGCUUGGAGCUCUCCGGCUCGGCGCUUUCACUGCAGGGUGCAACCGACGUGGGCCUCUCCCUGCAGAACUCAAACUGCUCUUGCAACAAGACGCUCGACGUGAGG